AGCCUACUCUGCUAAAGCGGGAGAGGAUUAAAACCGCCGGAGAAGAGGGGUGCGUUUUUCUGCCAUCGUCGACAGAAAAGGGACCGGACGGUUGGCUUCCAUUCGGAAUUAACGGGAAAAUAAGCAGAAGAAAGCAGCUCCUAGGUCAUAGUCAUGGAAGGUGAGCCAACCGAUACAGUCAUUGAUGAAGGUGGCGAUGCCUUCAGAGCAAAGGAAUGCAAGACGUACCAGCGGCGCCGUGAAGGCGGGGUGGACGAUGAAGAGGAGGUGGCAGUGGAGCUGCUGCAGGGGCAGGCAGGGGGCAUGGAUGUGGUGGGUCAGCAGCCUGACGGGUCCUUGGAUGUGGUGGAUCAGCAGCCUGACGGGUCCUUGGAUGUGGUGGGUCAGCAGCAGCUGGUGCAGGAUGUGGUAAACAGCAACAUGGAGAUGAUGGUCAUGGACUCCCUGGAUCCAGCCCUGCUGCAGAUGAAGACGGAGGUGAUGGAGACUGCAGUGGUACACCCCGAAGUGGCUGUGGGCGUGCCGGGGACAGGCCACGAGGCCACGGUCACCACGGUGGACGAGACUCAGAUCAUCACACUGCAAGUGGUGAACAUGGAAGAGCAGCCGCUGGGCUUGGGCGAGUUGCAGCUGGUGCAGGUGCCGGUGUCGGCCGUGCCCGUCAGUGCGGGUUCUGUAGUGGAUGAGCUACAGGGCACGUUUGUGGAUGCUGCUGCCAUGCCCAAGGACGGAGAGCCGGUCAUCUGCCACACACUGCCUUUACCCGAGGGCUUCCAGGUGGUGAAGGUGGGAGCGAACGGGGAGGUGGAGACGGUGGAACAGGAUGAGCUCCAGGGACAAGAGCCACCAGAGCAGCCAAAUGAGGAUCCAUCCUGGGCUAAGGACCCUGACUACCAGCCCCCUGUACGGAAGCCCAAAAAGACCAAGAAGAGCAAACUGCGCUACAACACUGAGGAGGGGAAGGACAUGGAUGUGUCGGUCUAUGACUUUGAAGAGGAGCAGCAGGAGGGGUUGUUGUCUGAAGUCAAUGCAGAGAAAGUGGUGGGCAACAUGAAGCCCCCUAAACCAACCAAAAUCAAGAAGAAAGGUGUGAAGAAGACGUUCCAAUGUGAGCUGUGCAGCUACACCUGUCCGCGCCGCUCCAACCUGGACCGUCACAUGAAGAGCCACACAGACGAGCGGCCGCACAAAUGCCACCUGUGCGGGCGGGCCUUCAGGACCGUGACCCUCUUGAGGAACCACCUGAACACACAUACGGGGACUCGGCCACACAAGUGUACGGACUGUGACAUGGCGUUCGUGACCAGCGGUGAGCUGGUCCGGCAUCGGCGCUACAAGCACACGCACGAGAAACCCUUCAAGUGCUCCAUGUGUGACUAUGCCAGCGUGGAGGUGAAUGUCAGGCUCGCUCCAGUCCCUUGUCCCCCGAGACGCUCUCGGCAUGUGUGGCAGGGUCAUAACUUUAACCAGACACUCUUUGCUGCUGUUAAAGAAAGAGGACUCCAGAGGGAGCUGUGCGCGCAUGUCCAUCCAGGGGUACACCUGCGGAAGCAGCACUCGUACAUCGAGCAGGGCCGGAAGUGCCGCUACUGCGACGCCGUGUUCCAUGAGCGCUACGCCCUCAUCCAGCACCAGAAGUCCCACAAGAACGAGAAGCGCUUCAAGUGCGACCAGUGCGAUUACGCCUGCCGACAGGAGCGUCACAUGGUGAUGCACAGACGUACCCACACUGGGGAGAAGCCGUUCGCCUGCAGCCACUGUGAGAAAACCUUCCGGCAGAAGCAGCUCCUGGACAUGCACUUCCGCCGCUACCACGACCCCAACUUCGUCCCCACUUCUUUUGUGUGCACUAAGUGUGGCAAGACGUUCACGCGACGGAACACCAUGGCCAGACACGCAGAGAACUGUAUGGGUCCGGAAGGGACUGACGGCGAGAACGGCGCCCCUCCGAAGAAGAGGGUGGGCAGGAAGAGGAAGAUGCGCUCUAGGAAGGAUGACGACGAUGACAGUGAUGCUCAUGGAGAACCUGAGAUGGAUGAUGCUGAAGAGGAGGAUGAGGAAGACCUGCUCGCUGCUGCUGAGAUGGAGGUGGAACAGGCGCCGCCCAUUAUUCCAAUCCCGGCCCCCAUGCCCCCGGUCGUGAAGAGGAAGCGAGGCAGGCCCCCCAAGCCCAAGCCAGCCCCACCCGCUGCCAUCAUCCAGGUGGAGGACGAGAGCACAGGCGCCAUCGAGAACAUCAUCGUGAAGAAGGAAUCGGAGCCCGAGCAGGCUGCCCACAAGGCAGGCACCGAGGCAGAGGAGGCUGAGGCUGGGGGGGAGGUCAUGCAGAUGCCCGUGGUCGACACUGCCCCCAAUGGUGACCUCACGCCCGAGAUGAUCUUGAGCAUGAUGGACCGGUGAUGUGUGUGUCACUGCUCCCGUCUGUCUGACUACAGACCCUCCCAAAACCUCCCUGUUUUGUACGUAGUUUUGUCUCUGGGUCUCAGUUUCUGCCCAGAGUACAUUGAGAGAUUGGUUCUGCCUGUUUUUCCGAACCUUAUUGCUUUCACUCUUCCCUCCCCUUUCAUUUUACUCUCGAGGUUCCACUCUGACCCUGUAGGAAGCCCUUUAUACAGAGUCUCAGCUGCAAUUUCCCCCCCCCCCUCUUGCUCUAACAAGAUGAGUUUGAGCAUUUUUGAGUUUGGUGUAAGAUGAUGGAUCGGUCUCCUGCUUUGUCCCAAAGGUGAUAGGGUGACUCAUAGGUGAAUGAAUGGUUUGUCUUAGGAGGACAGGACGGUGACGACUUCAUGGUGACCUCCAUUAUAAAUUUACCAGCAAAACACAAUGCCCUUAAUGUUUGUCAUGGCCUUGCAUUCACUCUUCUUUGAAACUAGCAAGAAACACAGGAAGCCCACCGCCCAUUGUCACCUGGGACAGGGAUUCCUGCUUAGGAUGCCUUUGUGUGCGAUUUGAUGCUUGCUUGUCCAGGGUUAGGCCUCUUCCUAAAUACAGAUUCAUUAUAGAAUGAGGACAAAGGCAGCCACUGGUACUUUAUAAGGCUAUGACCAUUGUACAAAUAGAAAUAUUGGCUAAUCCUGCUUGUAAAUAUAUUUUUUAUUUUCGAUUUGUUUUGUUAUACCAUACAUUUUAAUCAUUUUUCUAGUGAUGGAAGACCUUGUACAUUAUGGAAGAAUAAGGUUUUAACAGGAGCUCUGGGACUUCUGUGUGUAAAGCGGUCAGUCACUCGUGUGAGUGCGUGUAAAUGUUGGGGGGGGGGGGGGGGAGUGCUUUUUCCGAACGUCCUGCAGGGGGUGCAGUCCUCCUGUCUGACCUGUCGGAGCUCUGGAGUCCACUGACCACAAGCUGUUAAGGUGUGAAGGCUGGGUGAAUGUCACACAGUGUAACCCAGGAAGGGCCUUCACAUGAAUUUGGGGGUGAUUGUGAAAAUAAUGGUUUCUGUUUAAUUCCAAACUACUGUGUUGACAGAGGUAUUUUAUUUAACCAGCUACAAAUCUUUUAACUGAAAAUUAUAGUAAAGAUGAAGCAGUUUAUUAAGGUGAUGUUUUUUUUUUUUGUUUUUUUUUUUUUUUUGAAGUACGAUCGUAUCCUUGGCACAUUCGGUAUCACGUCAGCUGGUGUGGCCAUGGGGUGUCUCAACAAAUUUAAAGAAUAAUCAAGUCCAAUGAGGAAGCUGGAAGGAUACCUGUACAAAUUAGCGUUCGCUAAACAAAACCUGCUUUUACAGAACAUUUUCUGCUCUUUCAGAAUGAAGUUUCCUCUGAUACGUAAUUGCAUUUAAAAUUGCUUUUGUUAAGCUCUUAAA